AUGUUAAUAAAAUUAACAAAUAUAAAUAGUUUCCGGAAAAUCAUGGACCUGGCAGAAACAAUGAAAAAUAUCGUCGCUAAAGGAAUGCAAACAGAGAUGGGUCCACCAACAGGAACUGGAGGAGCUGGAGGCGGAGGCGGUAGCUCUGGAUACCCACAAGGUUCACCCAGCGGUGCUGGGUAUAUUACUGAGAAGAUGUACAUGCUUUUGCAAUUAUAUUUACAAAACAAAGGAUGGAAUCCUAGUAUCGAAUUGCUCCAGUGUUUUACGGAAUUGAAAGAGGCUUCUAUGUUACCCAGUGCUGCAUACUUACAAAUGAUGGCAUCUAGAGUAGCAUUGGACGCCCACGGUCGUUUGAUAUUACGAGAAAAUGGUAAAAUAAUACUUCCCUACGAGCAUUUUGCAAACGCAGUGAUGCUGAAGCACAUGAACGGGCCGACGGGAUUGCACUUGGGUCUUGAAGGGACCGUGAGAGCUGUGAUGGAAUCCUACACAAUCGGUCGUGAGUGUUUCGGCAUGGAGAAGGAGUUUAUAAUCGAAGUGGUCCAAAAUUGUCCCAACCCGGCGUGUCGGUACUACAAAAAUCAGAUGGAGUUGACCCAGAAGAUGGGCCACAUGGCUCCAACUUACAUCCAGGACAGCGAAGCUGCUGCCUCGCUGCUCAGGUCCAGCUUCUCGCACAACUCUGACUUCGGGAUGAGCAACUCCCAGUCCAACAGCAGUCACAUGCCUGUCGCUGGGUCCUCUUCCAGCGACUUGUCGGAGCUUCAACAGAGGAACACCACCCAGAUGAAUCUCCAGCAGCGGCCACCAAGUCGUCCUUCGCUCAAUAUUCCCCACAGACCAGCUUCUUCUCAGGAACGCAAGCAGUCUUUAGGGAAGCAUCACUACGAGACUAUCAUGGCUAAUAAUAAUGCUGCAGCAGUGGCUGCUGCUGCUAUGAAUGAUCAUAAACUCACGGAUUUUUUGAGAUCUAAUAAUAUUGACAGCAUCGAAGGACUCAAUAGUCUGGGUCUUGGCAAUCUUCAGGGACUCAGUAAUGCCAAUAAGGAUUUACUUGCGUUACACAACGGCGCUUGGGCUAAUGAUGACAAAAAUUCGCGUCCUAAUUCUUCGAAUCCAGACACUGGUGGAGGAAAAAUUGUACGAGCAUUCGCAGAAGUUAUGAAAAAUAUGUCAAGAAUGAAAGCAUGCGUACGUCCUGCGAUGUGCAAGCCCUACGGAAAACAAUCAGAAGCUCUACAAAAAACGCUUGUUGAUACAAUACAACUGGUGCAGUCGCUCAGAAGUUUUCUUCCACCACCUCAUUUUCCGGUUUCCAGCUGGAAAAAUGAAGAUAAACAUAGAUUAGAUCAUACUUCUUCAUAUUUAUCAACUUCAUUAAAAGCUGCGGGAGCACGUGAAGAAUUAUACGAAGCUCAUCAUCACUAUAAUUUAGUACUCGUUUGUGCUAAAUGUGUUCUAGUCACACGAAGAGUCAUCGAAUCAACUUUAAUAGUAAAGAUAAAUAAUUAA